AGCGUGACGUCACCAGUCAGAACGUUUGGGCUGCUGUCACAACGUGCACUUUGACCUUUUAGUUUUGGCACAAUUUGAGUCACGUGAUCAAGCAUUGCUGACCAUCUUGUUUACCCUUUUGUGGUGGACUAGAACCAGUGACCUCAAGUCUUUUGGGUUUUUCAUCCGUUUUGUGUGUGUGUGUGUGUGUGUGUUAGGAUGAAGCUGACGAGCCCCCUGCUGGUUUUGGGCCUGGUGGUCUUGGGUCUGGCUCAGGCUCAGAUAGAUGAUGAGGAGCCGGUCGCGGAGGAAGAACACGUGGAGCUCUUCACCACGCCCACCACUAAGAUGGCCGCAGCCACCUCGGACUUUGGCUAUAACCUUUUUCGAGCGCUGGCAAAUCGUGAGGCGUCGACGAACAUCUUUUUGGCCCCCAUCAGUGUGUCAGCGGUUCUGACCCAACUGUCCAUGGGAGGGUCCGAGCAAGCCCAGAGGCAGCUGUACAGGGCCCUGAGGUACCACACCCUGCAGGACCCUCAGCUCCACAACACCCUCAGAGACCUGCUGACCUCCGUCAGGGCGGCUGGCAAAGGCCUCAGUAGCGCCGCUCGCAUCUACCUGGCCAGACGCCUGCGUCUCAAGCAGGACUUCUUCACACUGGUGGAGCAGCAGUACGGCGUGAGGCCCAAAACCCUGCAGGGCGGAUCACGAGACACCAAAGACAUCAACGACUGGGUCGCCCAAGAGACUGGCGGCACUGUGCAGCGCUUCUUGACUAAGCCUCUCCCCCGAAACGCUGGCAUCAACACUGUGAGCGCUGCCCAUUUCAAAGGGAAGUGGGCAACGGCGUUCCGUCAGACGGAAACGUUGAGCUUCCAGCAGGAGGGCAAGGCGCCUGUUCGUGUCCCCAUGAUGCAACAGGACAACUACCCCAUCAAGAUGGGCGUGGACCCUGAUUUGAGUUGCACGAUCGCUCAGAUCCUCAUGCAAAACGACGUCAGCAUGUUUGUGUUCCUGCCAAACGACGUCACCUUCAACUUGACCUCGCUGGAGGACACUCUGACGGCCGAGUUUGUGCAAGACCUGUCUAUGACACUACAUCCUGCCCACGUGUCCCUGACGCUGCCCGCUCUCAAGCUCAGCUUCUCGACCGACCUGCUGCCACUGCUCACAGACCUGGGGCUCUCUGAUUGGUUGGCCAACACUGACCUGGAGAAGAUCUCAGUGCAGCCUGCCAAGCUCGUCACUGUCAAUCACAAGGUUGUCAUGGAGACGGCCAGUGAGGGGAACCAACCCCCCCCUGCCACGUCUGCCACCAGUCACCUGACCUACCGCGUGGACCGACCCUUCCUCUUCCUCAUCCGCGAUGAAGCUUCGGGGGCGCUGCUCUUCAUCGGCAGGGUGCUCAAUCCCAAAACCCUGACCGUGUAACGUGCACACGCGCACGUGCACACACACUCUUAGCAGGUCCUAGGAGGGAAGUGGAAAUACUCAAGAUGCCCUUCAAACACGUCACGUGUUCACGAGUCCCAAAGAUCUUUUUUUAUCACAAACAUUUUAUUCGUGUUACACUUGUGUUACAUUUGUGUGACAUUUGUGUUCCAAAGAAAUAAAGACAGUGAAACAA